GCUCCCAGGGGGGUUUGAUGGAGCGAGGAGGAUCCGGCCCUGACCUUGCUCCCCACGUCGCCACCUGACCCCUGUGGCGGGAUGGGUGAUCCGUUUGAUGAUAUGGAGAUGGAUGCAUGUUUUUCUUUCUGUUUUCCUUUAUUUUUUUGCUUCCCUUUUUCCUUUCUCGUUCUCUCUUCGUGUUGUGUCGUUUCUUCUUUGCUCUUUGAGCUUUCCUGUUCUCUCUUGUUCUUUUUUUGUUUUGUUCUUGUUUUCUGGUUUUAUACUUGACGGUUUCCCCCGGCGGGCUCCGUCGGGCCGGGGGGUGGGGCGGGAUGUGAGUUGUCGGGUGGAUCUGGACCGCCACAUACGCCCCCAUGACUUGUUUCUAUUGUGUUGCAUAUCGACGUGUCGCUACCAGGGGCGGAGGAAUGUAAUAUGGCGAGGCAGAUGGCCGAGUCCUUCUCGACUCCCAUGGGGGCGGGGAAUGAAACCUCGCUGGUUCGAGGAUCGAUCGACCCGAAUUCUUGCCACCGGAUUGGGAGGACUUGGUCUCUCCUUUUGCAGGAUACCUGGCGACGGUGAUACCCGGUUGGAUGAUUUAUCUUAUUUCUAUUUCUUUCUUUGGCCCCUAUCCUCCUCUCUUUAUGUUGUUGCGUGAGUUUUGGCGGGCGAAUUUGAUGAUUCUUUUUUCCUGUCUUGUUUGUGAUACUUCCCAGUCUCGAUGCCCCCUGCACCGUCCUGCUGUUUCCUCUCUUGAUUUAUUUGCGUGGAUUUGCUUUUUGCCUCUGUUUCUCAGGAUGUAAUUAUAUGUGGUAUGGGAUCCCUACAGACCGAAAGAUGGUGGAUGAGGGGGUUCCAUCAAUGAGAUGCUCAUUGUCAUGAUGUUUUGAGCAACACGGACAGUUGCCGUUGACUUGAUGUAGUGGAGGUUGGUGGAAGGGACGAUUAUUUAAUACUAAUUUUAAUCAUGGCAGUAACGAGUUGACAUCUUGGA